AUGGCAUUCUUUAGCCGUAACUCCACUGCUCUGGUCUCUGAAUUCUUCCUCAUCUGUUGCCCUAACUACCAGAGUUGGCAGCACUGGCUGUCCCUGCCCCUCAGCUUCCUCUUCCUCCUGGCCGUGGGAGCCAACAUCACCCUCCUCGUCACCGUCCGGCUGGAGGCCUCUCUGCACGAGCCCAUGUACUACCUGCUCAGCCUCCUCUCCCUGCUGGACGUCGUCCUCUGCCUCACCAUCACCCCCAAGGUCCUGGCCAUCUUCUGCUUUGACCACAGGGCCAUCAGCUUCCCGGCCUGCUUCCUCCAGAUGCUCAUCAUGAACUGUUUCCUGACCAUGGAGUCCUGCACCUUCAUGGUCAUGGCCUACGGCUGCCAUGUGGCCAUCUGCAAACCUUUGCGGUACCCCUUCAUCCUAACUGACCAGUUUGUGGCUCAGGCUGCCUUGUUUGUUAUAGGCCGAAAUGCCCUUUUCAGUCUCCCUGUUCCCAUUCUUUCUGCCAGGCUGAGGGACUGUGCAGGGAGCAUCAUCAAGAACUGCAUCUGCACUAACCUGUCUGUGUCCAAACUGUCUUGUGAUGACAUCACCUUCAAUAAACUCUACCAGUUCGUAGCAGGUUGGACACUGCUGGACUCUGACUGUACCCUUAUCAUUCUCUCCUACUUCUUCAUCUUGAAAGUUGUGCUAAGGAUCGAGGUGGAGGGAGCUGUGGCCAAGGCCCUGAGCACGUGUGGUUCCCACUUCAUCCUCACCCUCUUCUUCAGCACGGUCCUCCUGGUGCUGGUCAUCACUAACAUGGCCAGAGAGAGGAUUCCCCCGGAUGUCCCCAUCCUGCUCAACAUCCUGCACCACCUCAUUCCCCCAGCUCUGAACCCCAUUGUUUAUGGGGUGAGAACCAAGGAGCUCAAGCAGAUUGGAAUCCGGAACCUGCUGAAGAGGUUCUAA